AUGGUGGUGCUGCAGGCCCUGGUAGGACACCAGUAUGGAUCUGCCAGCCUGCCCACCCAGGUGGAGGUGUCAGAGUACCAGCUGCUCCUGCAGGAGAGCCAGCAGGUGGGUGUCUCCACCCAGCAGCUGGAGACGGCGUACCAGAGGGACGAGAACACCAUUCCUCCCUCCUACCGCCUAAAGGUUUCUCAGACGGCAGAAGUGGAGGGAGAAGCCGACAGCAUCACCAGCUAUAACCAGGAAGAAGUGAGGAAGGAGUUUGAGACCGUCGUGAGCCUGUGUGUCCACAACAAGGUCAUGACCCCAGAAAGAGCCCGAGUCUUCCACAGAUCAGCUCUUGAUGCAGACCUGAGAUUUGCUCUGGACAACCGUCCUGCUCAGGACAUCACCAGCCGCUGUGUGGUCUAUGUCCACAAGGUCUUUAAUGCAAAGGAACAGAGCCUGAGGAAUUCACAGCUGCACAAUAGUCUUGAGGAUGAGACUUUUGACCCAGCCGUUCUGAGGACUGCCCCCACACAAGGCAAACUUUUAUCUGAACUGUGCGACAACUUCCUGCCUGCUCUGGUCACUUCCUGCCAACUUCUGAUAUACACCACACAUACAGAGUGUGACCGUCGCCAUGGUUACACCACAGCCAGGAGGCGAGGAUACGCCAACUCUCUUUGCCAGCAGGUGUUCUCAGACCUCCUGACGCUGACUGACAGCUGGAACAUUUCUCUGCCCGGAGCAGACACUCCCAUUAAGGAAGAGCAGCUCGAGCAGGAGCGUCUGUGCAACGUCCUGUCUCCAUUUUAUGACAUCAGGCUGCCAGAGGAGGACAUGAUCAGGUCUUACGUGGAGCUGAGGAGCCAACAGCACCCUCUGGUGGUGAUUGGGGGGCCAUGCAGCGGGAAAACUGUGCUGGUCGCACACUGCACUCAGCAGAUCAAGUCUUGGCUGGCUGACAGGGAUCCUGUGGUGAUUGGUUAUUUCUGCAGCCUGUCAAUCAACACAACUCCAAAACAUCUGCUCUCCAGUUUGUGCUCUCAGAUAGCUUUCAGAUAUGAACUCCAGUCUUUGUCUAAAAACCUUGAUCCCAGCUCCAACCCUAACUCCAGAGUAACCCCAAGCAACUGCAGCUCCACGUCUUUUCUGGACUCUCAUGGCGACCAUGGCCAUGAAGAGCAUCCCUCUAAUGAGAACUUGAACCUCUCUGUCACGUCACACUCUGCUCUUAAAACGCAUCAUCAGGUCUGUCUGUCUGAACUUAAAGAGCGUCUCAAAUCCCUCUUCUCCUUAUAUUCUUCUACAACACGCCCCCUCAUCCUUCUCCUCGAUGGUCUGGAUCAACUGGAAGACAACGGGGGUGCUCAGAUCAUCACCAGCCUCCCUUCCCCCCUCCCUGAUGGUGUCAAGCUCAUCAUCACAGUUUCCCCCAGCUGUACACGUCUUCUGCAGACCAUCAAAUUCCAUUACACGGACACAAGUCAUUCUUGCAGUUUGUCAGACAGCUGUGAAAGAGCGUCGGGGUAUAUUUGUGUACAAAUGGAACCUGUGGACAGGAAACAAUGUCUGAAGUUGUUGGAAUCUUUGCUGAAAACUUCAGGGAGACGAGUGACGUCAGGACAACAAGCACUGGUGAACCAGGCCCUGACUUCCUGCUGCCUGCCUCUCUACGCUCGACUCCUGCAUGCACACACCUCGCUGUGGCACUCUGACUCGGACGUGACAGAGUCAUCACUCCCUGAUGGAGUCCAUUCAUCCAUUUCUGCUCUCCUGGAUCACCUGGAGCUCAAACAUGGCUCUUCCUUUGUGGCUCGUUCAGUGUCCUACCUCAGCCUCUCCAGGACUGGACUCUCUGAGGCCGAGCUCGCUGACCUCCUGUGCUCUGAGUCGAAGGUCCCACAAGUCAACGUGGAGAGGCUGCUUCUGGACCUAAAGGACUUUCUCAUUAAAAGGACAGUUUCAAACAUGCAGGUUUUGUUCUGGGUGAGCAGGCAUUUUAAGUUGGUCAUUGGGAAAAAGUAUCUGAGCACUGAUGAGUUGAAGAGAAGGAUUCAUUCGGAGAUGGCAGACUAUUUUAGUGACAGAUGGGUUUGUAGCAAUGGGAAAGAGCUUUCAUCUGGACCAAAACAUGAAAUGGACAAGCAUGCACACAACGAGCCGUUAUUGUUCCCUUCUUCUGAUAACGUAGGUCAUGUUUGCUUGAGAAGUGUUGUGGAGUUACCACAUCACUUGCAACAUAGUGGCAGGAUGGAGGAGUUGGAGUGUGGACUGUUAAAGUCUUCAGGCUUUCACCAAGUUCUAGUUCAAGCUGGUCUUUUGGGGGAACUUGUAGCCAUGCUGGAAGCUGAUGAAGGCUCAACUUUUUUAAGAGAACGACUGCUCCUAGCAAGCAUUUUGAAGUCUUCUACUUGCUUCCUGCAGAGUUCACCACUGCAGCUGCCAACAGUGAUGGAGACGAGCCUCCUCCCUUACCUUGACGUCUUUCCUGCUCUUGAAAGUUUUGUCAAAGACAUCAGACGGAGAAGAAGGAGUAGCAGAAGAGGACUGAGAUUAGUAUUUUGUCCUAGUCCCUGUUCUGUUCCCCCUAUUCAGUUUUUAAAGUAUGAUGCCCAGACCAAAGGGGACUGUGUUUCAGAAAUUGCUGGUACAGAAUGUGGGGUUGUUGCAGAGGUCAUGGAUGAUGGUUCCGUUUGGAUUUGGAAAGGCUGUGGUUAUGAGCUAGCCAAACUGUCUCUGAGCUGUGAGCAGCAGGCGCUGAAGUUUGUCGGAGUGAAAAGUAGUGGACAAUUCCUGCUGCUUUCAACACGAUGCAACAAGCUGUUUGUGUGGGACGUGACAACCCAACAGAGGCUUCUAGAAAUCACUGACCCUCUGAAAACAGAGUUUGAGUCAAGCCCGACACUAAACGUAGUUCAGGGAUUUGUCGCAUGGCAGAAAAUGUUAUGCAUGUGGUGGGAAAAUGAAACCUUUGUCAGUAUUUUUGAUAUCUCCACUGAGACCAUGACUCAUUUCCAGUGUCACAGCUUUGUGACAUGUGUAGUUUACUCCCUCAGUAGUUUUUGCAUGUACUGUGGACAGGAAGAUGGCACCCUGUCUAUAUUUGACAUGCAAACCAACAGUCUUCUUGGCACCUGUUCAAACCAAAGUGCAGUUGUGUUGAUAAUACUCUGUGAAGAGAAGCACACAAUGGCAUGUGUCAACAGGACCGGGAGCAUUGUGGUAUGGGACAUAGCUGGCAAAAUACAACCACCAAGACCUGUCAAAGAAAUCUGUAUUCAGGAUAAAUCUCACAAUAUUCAAAGCACAGAUUAUGUUGAAGAAACCAGCACACUUUUGUUGUGUCAAUAUUAUCAAGUGACACUGUGGGAUACAUCUAAUUGGGACCUGUGGGACCAGUUCUUAGCUCCACAAGGGAGAGCCUUCAUUCAAGCAGUGCUCUCCAUGGAUGGACACCUUUUCUUGGCACUGUUGGACUUUUGCACCUCCAUCUUAGUGUGGAGGCUCAGCACCGGAGAGUGUCUCCUCUCCUUAGAAGUAAACGAUCAGCCCCACACUCUCCUCAAGCUGGCUUCAGAUGUUGUUUGUGUCCAUCGCAACGGCUGCCUAACGGUGUGGGACUCUGAGAUGAUAAAUGCUGCAAAAAAGACUCCAAAAAUGGGGAGCAGCGUGAGAGAAGUGGUGGUUGAGCAAUCCAGGAAGUGGUUUUAUACUUCAGAUGGGUCGGAGAAUGUGUGGAAGUGGAGUUUAGACACAGGAUUUCUAUGUGUUAACUUUGUCCACAAAGAGCCUGUAGACAAGUUGCAGCUGUCUUCAAACAGCAUCAACCUUGUUUCCCUCUCAGGAGGAGAAAUUUACAUUUGGCAGACUGAAACUAGUCAGAAUUUUAUGCGGAUCAGCAGCAGCAGAGCCACAAAUGUCCUGAUCACCCCUAAUAGUAACUUUGGUGUUAGUAUAUCUAAACAAGGGCUCUCGCGUGUUUGGAAAAUGGCCCAUGGAGGUAUUGUGUGCAGCAUUCACCAGUAUCUAUCUGAUGCUCAGGUGUCACCUGAGAGCACCUUCCUCAUCGGCCUCCGCGGCGGAGACCUGCUGGCUGCAAGCCUGUGGUCAGGUACCAUCAGCAAGCGAUUCUCCUGCGUGGAUAACUCGGAACGUGUUGUUGCUUUUCACGCCCUUUCAAAGCACCCAAACUAUGUAGUGGUGAUGGUUGCCUCAGGGGCAGUAUACACCUGGAAGAUGUCAGAGGAGACAGUGUGCCAGCACUUUCAACUGCCGAAUAUGUUUCAGUGUCAGCCGCAAAACUUCCAAAUGUCUUCUGAUGGGAACUACGCGCUGCUAUCCACUGAAAAUAACUUCAUCAAUGUCUUGGACCUGUCCCAGGUCCGACUGUGCUCAUUCAAAGCCGAGGGUCUUGUCAUUAUGGCUUGCUUUGACAAAACUGGAUGCUAUCUUGCAUACAUAUCCAGCUCAUCCAAUCUGUUGCACACAAACUUCAUCCUAACAAUCGCACAUCUUUCAGAUGGAGAGAGAAUUGGAAAUGUGCAUUUGUGUAAGAAUCCAUCAGCUCUGGUUGUGAGUGAGCAUCAGGGUGUGUUUGUGGGUUUUGAGGAUGGCUCUGUUGGUGUAUACUCUGUUUCAGAAGAUCCUAUCGAUGAGGAAGUGUUAGUACAGAACAGGGGGCAAAUAAAUUGUCCACUGGAAAAAUGUUCCCUUGACAGAGAACCAUUGAACUGCUAUUGCCAAUACAAACCCAAUAUUAUAUGGCCUUAA